GAAGGAGGCUCCACGGACAACAAGCGGAAGAUGUUUGCUAUAGCGGCUCGCCUCGGGACCAAAGCCGGCGAGGUUGUCCUGGAGCCCUCCGGCGAAACCUUUGUCAAGGUCUUCAACAUGCUAUACGAGCAGAUGACGGGCGUUGCUGAUGCCGUCCCCGCCAUCAGCACGGCUUCAUGUCUUCUGAGCCACGCGCCUUGUGCUUCAGCCUGGGCCGUCAGCGAAGUGCUGCAGAACUCCAGGAGCUGGUCCGACCACUUGCGGUCCACGAAGGGGAAACUGCUGCAGCAAGUGCAGCAGGCACAGCAUCUCGCUGUCGAAACGUAUGAGCCGUACAGGCGAAUCUACGCCUACCAGCGCGACUGGGACAAGGCAAGCUUCAGCGAGCAGCCUCACACCUUCGAGUCCUUGUCGGAGCAGGUCGAGCUGAUGGGCCGGUUCCAGGAGAAGCUGAACAAGUUCCGAGUACAGCGCCACUUGGGUGUGCUGGUUCUCGAGGCACGCGAGCUUCGAGAUCAGCUCUUGCCGGUUCCUGGCUCUGUCUUGGCAGCAAUUUGGCCCGUCAUGCGGUCAACAGCUCAACGUGAAGGGCAGAUCCUUUCCGAGCGUUUGGAGCGGCUCACAGAGGAGUUGGAUCAGAGACCAACGGAGAUGCUGUCCCUGCAGGCAUACGCCCAUGCUGUCGAGGCUCAGCGAUGUGAACUGCCAGUCUGCUUCAGCCCGAAAUAA